ACCUAAUUCUAUAAGUUGCCGGAAUUGUUUUAGUGACGGACCGGAAGCAGCGUGCCGUUACCCGCGGACCUUGCAGCAGUACCACCUUAUCCACAUCUCCACAAACAAGACAGGAUGCUUAGAAUGGCGUCAGCACAGGUGUUCAGGCAGCUGGUGAGACACAUGAACACAGAUGUAAGCCUCAUUCUUGAGAGAUCCAUAAACCGGGUGCAGAUCCUGGGCCGUGUUGGCCAGGACCCACUCAUGCGACAAGUGGAUGGGAGAAACCCAGUCACGAUCUUCUCCGUGGCAACCAAUGAGAUGUGGCGCUCUGGAGAGGGGGAUUCUACGCCUGGAGGUGAUGUCAGUCAAAAAACCACAUGGCAUCGUGUGUCAGUCUUCAAACCAGGCUUACGCGACGUGGCCUAUCAGUACGUGAAGAAAGGGUCUCGGGUGCUAGUGGAGGGAAAGCUGGACUAUGGGGAAUAUGUGGACAAAAACAGUGUCAGGAGACAGGCAACAACCAUCAUCGCAGACAAUAUUAUCUUUUUAAGUGAAAAUCCAAGGGAGAGAAUAUGAACAAAAUAUCCUAACUGUAUGUAGAAUAGUAGAAGGCCAGUGGUUCCUUUGUGUCUUUUUAUUUUUCCAAGCUUGACUGAGGUAGAGAAGGACUGCCAAGAUUUCACCCCUCUAUUUUGGAUAACAAAAGACGCCUUGUUUGCAUGGCACCCUCUAGUGGCAGAGGUCAUGACGCCAUAGCUAAAGACUUCAAUUUCAUAUGUAAUUCUAAUUUUUUAUUGUUCACUUCCCAGCUAUGCACAACUAACACAGUGAAAGGCUGGCUGAAAGCAGCAUGUCAACUCUACUUCUUGGCAACCAAAACUUAUUUGGCCAAGUUUGAUUUCGUUUACUUUCUGAUUUAUUUAAUGAAGUUGUGACUUAGACCACAUAAAACAUUGCUUUAGGUGAAAUAGCUCAGUAUAUUAGUAAGCUUUUUGUUAUUUUAAAAAUCAAAAACGGACCUAUUCUGCUGUGAAGAUAUUUGUCUGAGUGUCAGUCCCUUUAAAUAUCUGUAACUUCUAAACUGGGUUGAUAAUCAGAAUUUUGCAUCGUCAUUCCCCGGGAGAAAAACACUUGAGCACUUAAUUUAUGGCCGAAUCGAGUGUGUUGUACUGUAAACCAGCGCCGAACUGAUUUGACACGUUGCCCAAGCAGUUUAAAUACUAGAAUGUAAAGCUUCAUAUAGCAUAUGUAACUCCCAGUUUUGAAUAAACGCAUUUUGAUAAGCAACUCAA